CCGUCGUGAGCGUUGACUACCGUUGUGACGCGCUGGGCAUGAUGGCUGUUGUUGGGCUGUUGUUUGUAGCCUAGCAGGCUUAUUGAAUGUCUCAAAGUGAUUUAAUGAAGGUUUUAUUUCAAUGAAACCGUCUGACUCAGAUGAAGAGGAGGCAGAGCAGCUGGGCGCCCAGCAGCAGGAGCUGAGACUGUCUGCACUGACUUCAGAACGGGCCAACCCGAGCAUCCGACGUCUGAGCAGCGCCCUGGAGCAGCGGGACCCUGAGAGGCAGGGUGUCCGAGCCGCUGAAGGCAACUUCUUCACAGCAGCGACUGAAGAGAACAGGCCAGCGUGGAGUCACAAGUCGCAGAGUGAAGCAGUUAACCAGCUGAAGAGCCUCCUUUUGAAGCAAUGCAGGGAAAUCCCCCCCUCGCCAUCUCCUUCAGAGAAGCGCUCUCCAUCCAAGAGAGUGCAGCAGGAAGGCAGGUACAGUUUACCUGCCUUUCAGGACUUGGUACCAAUGAAUUAUGACCAGUCUGACUACAUCCAGCACCUAGAAGCCGAAGUAAAGUUCUGCAAGGAGGAGUUGCAGGGACUGAAGCAGCGGAUCCGAGUGGUGGUGGUGGAAAAUGAGAAGCUGCAGUCUGAGCUCAAGUCCAGGGUCUUGGAUCCGUCUCCGAGAGACGACCCAAUCCGUGACUCUAUGGUGGACAACAACAUCUUGAUAGCCUCAAAAACGGAGCACGGCACAUGGAAAAAUGACCUGGAGCAGCUCAAAGUGAUCCACCAGGCCCAGAUUGAAAGCUUGGAAGCUCAGGUCAUCUCUCUCAGGAAGGAUCUCUCAGGGAGUCAGAAGGAGUGUGAGGAGGUGAAGGUUCGUCUCAGGCACAAAGAGAAGCAGGCUGCAGAAGCAGCCAGGGCGGACGGGGCCCCCUGCGUGGCCGGGUUGUGUCUGCGGUGUGCGCAGCAUGAAGCCGUGUUGGCUGGAACUCAUGCAAGUCUGCAUGUGCAGGCUAUCGACAGGCUCACAAAGGAACGGGACGAAGUGCUGGCAGCUCUGCGUGCGGUGCGGGCUAGUCAACAAGAGGCCCAACAGAGGGAGUGGUCGGCUUGUCUCCAGGUCAAACAGGCUGUGGAGAUGGCAGAAGAAGCAAAUCUGCAAAAAACAAGGGUGGAGGUGCGGUGUGAGCAGUUAUCCAGAGAGCUGGUACGACAGAGGGAACAGCUGGACAGAGAAGCACAUGCAACGCAGGCCAAGAUGGCCGAGGCCCGAGAGGAGGGCCGGGCCGAGGCACGCAAACACAAAGAAGAGCUAGCACAAAUGGCGUCCAACCUGUCUCAGCGCGUAGCCGAGCUGGAAGGACAGCUGGACCGAGCUCACCGGGACCGGAGUUCACUGACCAAUCAGCUGGAGGACACGCUCAGCAAACUGACCAAUCGGGAACAAGACAACACCAAGGUUUGUAUGGAUCUACGAUAUCAGCUCAGCAAUGCCAACCUGAAAAAAGAGGAGGCGGAAAGGGAACUCAGGGAGCUAAAGGCCAGGACAAGCAGGGAGAAGGAAAAAGCUGCACAGGAAGUGGAAAGUCUGAGCUCAGAGCUGGUUUGCCAUCGGCAGCGUCUGGAGGCGGCCCAAAGGGUCGGGAGCCAAUGGCAGACCAAAGCCCUGAGCCUGGAAGAACAGCUGGCAAAUGCCCAGCACCAACUGCACCUCACCAGACAGGACAGAGAGAGUGCAGAGCGGGCUCAUGCAGAGCAAAUGGCUUCUGUGACCCUGUCAGCGCAGGAACGGGAGACGGAGCUGGCUAUCAUGUUGCAGAAAACAGAGGCUCAACACCUGCAGAGAGUCGGAGAGAUGGAAAAUCUCAUGGGUUCCCAGAAUUCCCUCAUCAGGAAGCUCAAAGAGGAAUGCUGCAAGCUUGGGGCCAAACUGGAAGAGCUGUCUUGCCAUAGCAGAAGUGAGCUGGAAGAGCUGGCUCUGGAGAAGCAGCACUUGGAGGAGACGGUGAAGAGUCUGAGAGCGCGCUGCUCGGAGAUGGAGGGACAGUGUGUCCAGCACGGACGCAUGCACCAGCGCAUGAAGGACAGGCUGCAGCAGUUGGACCGGCACUGUCAGAGCAGCGCCCAGCAGGUGUGUGAGCUCCUGGCCAAACAGAGCCAGCUGAUGCAGGAAAGGAACGCGCUCAGCGAGGAGAUGCAGAACCUGCGUGUCGAGCUCCCAAACCUGAGACAAAAUGAACCGCUGAGUGCAUGAGUCCGUCGGCUCUGGUUCCUCCUCAGUCUUCCAGCCUGGAUGUUUUUCUCUGCAACACAUUUUGUUACACAGACACAAAAAAUUUUCUGACAUAUUCUGCAUCAGGGUGCUUUUCAUGUUACGUUAACUAUGAAUGAUGUGUUUAAUGGUUGGAGGUACAAAACCCAAUACGGGUUUAACAUUAAUAAAACCUAAAACAUACAUUUUAAAUUAGAUUUUCCAUGUUUUUUGUUCUUAGGAUUUUGGCCCAAAUCUCUUAAGCCCAUGGAGUUAAUUAACUUUGUAUUUGCAUUAUGCUCAGUGAAAUUAUGUAACUGUCUAAAAUUAAAACUAUUUAACCACA